AGUUUGUUCGCUGUUUGAAGCCUAGCUCUAUCUUACAAUGUCUUCACAAUCGGUGUGUUUGUGAAAAGAUCCAAUAAAGCUUCUCAUCCAAAACAUCCUAUAAACGUUGACUGGAAAAAAUCCCGCUAAGACUAAAAUGGUUUAUUCCAUGUUUGUUUAUAGACUACAAACUAAAAGUGACAGUUAAAGGAGCCAUUUCCUCCAAAUAACUGCGUCCCGCUAUCAUUGCACAAAAAUCAGAGUCAGGAAGAUCAGACUAAUCAGACACCACAGAUCAGCUUCAUAAGGACAGAAUGAGUAAGGCACAAAAAACCAAAGAUGAAGAUUUUUCUCCAGGAUCCAGUUCAGUCCAGGAAGAGGGAUCAGAUUCUCAAGAGCCCAGCUGUGUGUCCAUGAAGAGUGACUGGUCUAGAGAUCCUCCACCAGACAUGAAGGAUGGAGACAAACCGCAAAGUGUCAGGUCAGUUCAGCAGAAAAGGUCAGGCAGAGAGUCCAGUUCUGUGUCUAUGAAGAGUGACUGGUCUAUAGAUCCUCCACCAUACUUGAAGGAUGGAAACAAACCGCAGAGUUUCAGGCGAUCCCAGCAAUCCUCAGAUGUUACAGAACCCAUCAGUAAGAAAAUGAAAUAUGAUGAUUCUGUGAAUCAACCACAAGACAUCAGUGAAAGCGUGUAUCCUGGUGUCAGUCAUGAUGAAGUCCUUAACACAUUAAGAUCCAAACUGAAGAAAAAGUUUAAGUGUCUUUAUGAAGGAACAGCAAAGCAAGGAAACCUAAGACCUCUGAAUGAGAUCUACACAGAGUUGUAUAUUACAGACAGUGAGAGUGGAGAGAUCAGUAAUGAACACGAGGUGAGACAGAUUGAGACACAAUCCAGGAGAACAGUAACAGAGGACAUACCGAUCAAAUGCAGUGACAUCUUUACAGCUUUACCUGGACAAGACAAACCCAUCAGAAGAGUGCUGACAAAAGGAGUCGCUGGCAUUGGAAAAACAGUCUCUGUGCAGAAGUUCAUCCUGGACUGGGCUGAAGGACAAGAGAAUCAGGACGUCCAGCUCAUAUUUCCACUUCCUUUCAGAGAACUCAAUCUGAUGAAGGACAAAACACUCAGUCUUUCAGAUCUUAUUAAUUUAUUUUUACCUGAAACAAAAGAAAUUGAAAUAUCCAGUGACAAAUAUAAAGUGUUGUUCAUCUUUGAUGGUCUGGACGAGUGUCGUCUGUCUCUGUAUUUUCAGAGCGAUGUGAGGUUGUGUGAUGUAAGUGAAUCAGCAUCAGUGGACGUGCUGCUGAAGAACCUCAUUGAGGGGAAUCUGCUUCCCUCUGCUCUCAUCUGGAUCACCUCCAGACCAGCAGCAGCUGAUCUCAUCCCCUCUGAGUGUGUCCAUCGAGUGACAGAGGUACGAGGCUUCAAUGAGCCACAGAAGGAGGAAUACUUCAGGAAGAGAAUCAGAGAUCAGAGUCUGGCCGAUAGGAUCAUCUCACACCUGAAGUCUUCAAGGAGUCUCUACAUCAUGUGCCACAUCCCAGUCUUCUGCUGGAUCUCAUCCACUGUUCUGGAGAAGAUGUUGAGUCAAGCAGAGAGUGGAGAUAUUCCCAAGACUCUCACUCAGAUGUACACACACUUCCUGAUGGCACAGAUUAACAUCAAAGACAUGAAGUACAACAAGAAGGACACAGACAAAGAGAUGGUUUUCAAAUUAGGAAAACUUGCAUAUGAGCAACUUGAAAAAGGCAACUUGAUAUUCUAUGAGGAAGACCUGGAAGAGUGUGACAUUGAUGUGACAGAAGCAUCAGUUUACUCAGGAUUGUGCACUCAGAUCUUCAGAGAGGAGUUUGUCUUGUAUCAAGUGAAGGUCUUCUGCUUUGUUCAUCUGAGCGUUCAGGAACAUCUAGCAGCUCUAUAUGUGCACCUCUCCUGUACAAACAACAAAAUAAAUGUGUUUGAUGACAUCACCAGUAUGUCAAAGAUUUCAUUAUCUGACCUGCAUAAUAAAGCUGUAAAUAAGGCUCUACAGAGUAAGAAUGGACAUCUGGAUCUUCUCCUGCGGUUUCUUCUGGGUCUGUCAGUGAAGUCUAAUCAGGGUCUUCUACAAGGACUAAUGAAACAGACAAGAGGAAGCUCUGAGAGCAAUGAGGAAACAGUUGAGUACAUUAAGAAGAAGAUCAGGAUCAGUCGCUCUCCCGAAAAAUCCAUCAAUCUGUUCCACUGUCUGAAUGAGCUUGGUGAUCAUUCAAUAGUGGAGGAAAUACAACAAUAUCUGAACUCUGGAACAUUAGCUGAAGCCAAACUCACUUCUUUGCAGUGGUCAUCUGAUGGACUUAAGGAUUCUCACUGUAAACUGGAGAAACUAAAGUUGAGAGAUUGUGGGGUUACAGGUGAAGGUUGUGCUGCUCUGGCUUCAGCUCUGAAAUCAAACCCUGAACACCUGAGAGAAAUAUAUCUGUCUGAGAAUAAACUAAGAGAUUCAGAAGUGAAGUUACUUUCUGAUUUAAAAGAUGGUCCAAAUUAUAAACUAGCAAAACUGCAAUACUGACUGAGUAUAUAGACAUCAGUCCUGUUUCCUCAGGAUCAACUGAUGUUGAACAAGGACCUGAUACAGAGACGUCACAAUCAGCAGAGACUGAAAUAAUUAUCAAUCUAGCACCUGUGUAUUUUACUUUAUAUUUCUCAUGGAUUAAUAUAAGACCAUUACAUUACCAACAGGCUGGUUUUGAAAUAGCUUCCUAUUCUUUCUAUUUCAGCUAAAUAAAGAAAAAUAUGGCAGAAAUAGUACAAGUCAUUUUAUGAUACUGUAGAUAGAUGCCAUUUCUUGUAAGUAUUGUUUGUUCUCUGUUUUGGGGUUAGAGUUAGAGAAGUUAAGAUGCUUUUCUUUUUAUGUAUUUAAUUUAUUUUAAGUAAUUUAUUGGGUUUUAGUUUAGCUAUUUUAGCCUGGUCCACUGCUGGAGUCAAUCAGUAUUUUUAGGGGCCAAGCACAGAAUGUGCGUAGUGAAAAGUGAAAGUGACGUGACAUUCAGUGACAUUCGUAGGCACCUAUUGUAAUUGCUCCUGUUCCUAUUUUUAGGGGCCAAGCACUGAAGGUGCAAGGCACCUAUUGUAUCUGUUAGCGUAAUGUUUUUUCUUCCGCCACAAGUCUAUGGCAGCCCAUAGAACCGAUUGCGGGAAAGUUGUAUAAUUUGGCAUACUGAUAGAGGACAGUCCCAACAUUAACUAUAGCAAAUUUAAAGUCUCUAACUCCAACUCUCUAGCGCCACCACUUGUCCAAAGUUUCAAUAUUUUUAGUCAGAAAAUGGAAAUAAUUUUUUCCUCUGAAUCAUUCGGUCAUGCCAAGUAGAAUGAACACCAAAAUUCAAGAAUCGCAAGGUUUACUUUUUUGCUAUUUUCAAUUUUUCGAAAAAACUACUUUUUCGAACUCGUCCUAGACGGUUAAUCCGAUUUUCAUAAAAAUUGGCUCAGAUCAUCUUCAGACAAUGCUAGCAAAAAGUUAUGGAAUUCAAGUUGAUUCGUAAAACCAUUCUCAAGUGAAACGUGAACAAAUUUGACAAAAAGCACGUAAGAAUGCAUGUGAGGCAAUAUCUCGGCAAAGGUUUGGCAUAUUGAGACCAAACUUGGUGUUUGUUAUAACAAGCAUGACCUGAGACUACCUGCAGUGUUUCGACACAGUGCCACCUAGUGGUCAGGAGAUAUGAAAAAUGCAU